AUGAAAGACCUGAUUGCUCUAAAAUUCUUGAGGAAUUAAAACAUAUUGAACAAACAUAUGAUGAAAGUAAUAGGCUUAAUAAAAAUAGUAUAUUGGAUGAUGAAAAACAAAAAAAGCUAAAAAUUGAUCUCGUUAAUUAUUUUAAUUUAAACAAAGGAAGGAAUUGCGUUGAACGUGAUCUUGUUCCUGGAACAAAAACGAUACUUAGUGAUAGUGGACAUUUAAACAUAAAUAAAUUGAAAAAGUCUGAUCCAAUUAUCUAUUUUCCAGCACCAAUUGAACAAAGUACGAACCCCUGGGCAAUUUUAGACAAUAUGAAUUUAUUUAAAAAUUCAGAUAAUGAAAAUGACUUACCCCAUUUGUGCGAUGAUGUAAAAAUACAUAUUCCAAUAGCUACUGUACAAUACCGAGGAAGUGUAGCAGAGCAAUUUUCUCGUGAUGUUAAAAGUGCUCUUGAUUUGUCAGAUAAUAUUGAGAAAAAAGAGAGAUUAAAUAAGGUAUUUAAUGAAUGGGGUAAUUUUGUAAUUACCGAAGUUGUUAUUGGUGGGGCUAUCACGAUAAAAAAUUGGACAGAAAUUGAUUACGUAGAGCAAUCCCGUCUAUUGACUUAUAUUCAAUGGGGAAUAGACUAUGCAAAAGGUGGAGGUUCAAAAAUUUUUAGUGAAACUCCGCUUAAUGUUCUUCCUCGAUUUGAAAUUUCAAAAAAUAUAAAAACGAUUGGAGAACUUUAUGAAUGGCUAAAAGAUCUGUAUAAUUAUCAAUAUGCAGAGAUUAUAUCUUACGAAGAUAUUAGACCAUCCUGUGAGUUAUUACCACAUGACUUGGUCGAGCGGAUAUCGGAAUUUUUUUUACCUCAACCCGUUAUUGAACCUAUUGUAAGGAUAAUUCCACAAAUGUUAACUCAAGGCGGGCGACAAAAACUUUUAGGAUGGAUAAAAAACAGAAAACCAAGAUUAUUAUAUAUGCGUGAUUGGAUUCAUGAUCUUUUAUUAGAGUAUGCUGUACUCUUACAACGCUCGAAAUUAGGGAAUGGAGAUAGGGCCGCGUUUAAAUAUCCAAAAGACCCAAUAAUUACACCAAUCGAUAAUAUCACUAUUUUAUUAUAUCAACCCGGAACCCAACAACUUGCUUAUUUAUUCGAUAAUGGUUUAAAGGAGGAAGAAGAUUUAAAUUUCAGUGAAAUCCCCUUCAUUGACAAUCAGACUUUAGAGUAUUUCCAGGGUUUAGAAAAUAAUCCUUCAAGGACAGUUUUCUGUCAGAUUAUUUUUAAUGCAAUCAAAAUCUCUUUUAAAUCAAUUAUAAAACCCUCUGAACAGUUUUCUAAUGCGGUAGAUGGUGCUCUAAAAAGUAAUGAACCAUACAGCAAUCUCUGCGAAUUAUUUAACAAUACUUAUGGACUUCUAGUUCCUCAAACAAUAAUAUUAGGUAGAAAAUUGACUAGAACAUACAACUCCUGUAAUAUUCCUCCAAACACUAUUAAGAAGCAAGAUCCUGAUUUUGAAAAUUUUAAUGCACAAGCAAAAAAGAUUUUGACGGAUUGGGAUAAUAAGCACCAAGAUCUAGAUACAACUUUUUUCGUAGACGACAAUAAGCCUAUUAGACGAGAUGAAAUUGAGGAGUGGCGUGAAAUUCAAUCAAACAAUUACAAUAAUUGGAAAGUUAUUUAUUACGGUGACUGGAUUUCAACAUAUAAAAUCCUAGCAAAAUCACAACAAAGUGAAAUUGAAUCAAUCUUAAGCGAUAAGUAUCGUAUCGUAUUUAACGGAAAAGAAACACUCCCUCGAGAUAAUCAAACCACAGUAACUAUCAAAUUUCCUGGACCGCUUUUCGAUGAAAAUUGCCAGAUUUAUGGAUGUCUUGCAAAGAAGGAUGCUCACGGAAAUUGGGAAAAAAUCCCCGAUGUGAUGAUUAGAUUUGAUAACGUUAAUAGAUAUA